GUUAAAUCAAUGCCUUACACUCUUUGGCUUUAAAGUUAUUUUUUUCACAACAAAAAGAGCCAAGAUUCUCGGUGUUGAGCAAAAAAGGUCAUCUGUCUUUUGAGGGAUAUUUCCUUUCACCAAACUCCGAGUCGGUUGUUCUUUUUUCAAGGGGAGAUUGAUUAUCUUUGUUUGUCCUCAGUUGCACGAGACGAGAGAGAGAGAUCAGUUCUAAGGUCCUGAUAUACGAGUUUUUUGUUGUUAUGGAUUCCCGUGCCUCUUUUCUUGAUCCAUGUUUUACCUCUCGCUUUGUAUAGAGCGGAGAUCAUCUCAUGAGCGAAGGUGUCGGUAGUCACCUCGCUGUUUUUCGACAUGCAUUGCUAUAAAAUUGUUGGCUAAUCAUGUGACCGUUCCCGCCACGACAGGUAUUGAUUCCUAAACAAAGGCCUUCACACAUGAUAUCGUAACAAGGAUCAUUUUGUCUUUUUAGUUAUACGGUUUUAGGGUUAGAAGACCUAUUACUUUUAAUUUCGCUGAACAUCCUCAUAAAAGUAGAACAUACAGGAAAAGCUUGUUCACUUUGUUGUCUCUAUAAUUUUUUCCUGAAAAUAAACUGCGUGCUUUGGUAUUCGUCACAUCCACAUAGUACUAAUCUCAUUCAAUCCAUUCUUCGAGUUCCUCCUCGUCAAGUAGAGCAAAAAGAGAUGUUGACCGUCCAGUCCUAUGUCUUCCAUGAGCAUCCCAGGCGGGAUCGCAAUCCUGUUGUGAAGGCUGACAUCUCCACCAUGCGCCCCGUAGGGCACGAUAUGAAUGGCAGUUUCUGCGCGUGGACCAAGGAACAUGCUCCCACGAAAUGGACAAGCUCAUUCCCUCUCGAAAAACAGGCGAAGAACAUCGAUCCCGCCACAGCUUCUACGCUAUUAAAGGCAACGACGAACUCAACCUACAGUGGCAUAGUGGGCGGAGGGAGCUUUUCGUCUACUGGAGGAAGCACAGGAAGCACCUCCAGUUUUCGAAAGUCUAUGGCGAAUCCAAUGUUGCUAAAAGCAGCAGGCGAAGAACCAGGCCAGAACGCAAAGUCAGGACCACUAUCAUGGAAAGAAAAAAUGGGAAAACCUGGGAGUAAAGUCUUCUAAGUAGAAGAGAUGAAGAAACCGGAAUAUAAUUAUAACCUGGGAGGUGGGAAAGUCUUCUAAUAAGAAGUGGGAAAACAACAAGUGGAAGAAAAAUGGGAAAAUAUUAACAUUUAUAAACAACAUGAUAGUGACAUAGACAACUAAACGGGCGGGACGACAUACAGAGAACACCAAGAAUUAUUAAAAUCAACUGAUGUAGAUGUUGUAAUUGAUAAGUUUGGAGUGAUGGAUGCUAUGGCUAUGGGUUAUUUUACGUUUACCUGUUGAUAUUGAUGGACGGUAUGUAUGAGUUUCAGCAAAAAUUACAAUCACAAUUUAUAGGGAAGGGCCACCAUGGAUGAUCAUGGUCAACAUACGCAUUCUGGUAAGUAAUAAUUAGAGAUAAAAAUAUCACAGUCACAGAAGCUCCUCCUGAGACUUUAAUGAUCCCUGAAUCAUGAUCCUUAUCAAUCGAAA